GCAGACGUGAUCGGUAUUUCGAAUCGGGGUUUUUAAAUCGCUGAGUUGAAAAAAAAAAUGAUCGCCUUAGCUACUUUUCACUAGACUACACAAAUCUCUCGGUCGUAUCUCGAUUCAGAAAAAAUUCAGCUUAAGGUCAUUAGAAGUCGAAAAUGUGGCCAAUUUUCAUGGGACUUUUGAGAAGGUACACGCCAUACAUAACUUUGCCUUUUGCUGCUGUAGUUGGAUUUGCUGGAUAUCACAUAGAAGGAUGGAUAUCUGAUCGCUACACACCAGCAUCACCUCCAAUAUCACAAAAAAGGCAAGAACGUCUGUUGGAAAACAUUGAUUCCAGCACAACAAGACAAAAGCACAAUCCCUUAGAAGUUAAUUUGUCUCCCUCUUUGUCUUCAUAAAUUGUUGUGUUUGGCAUCAAAUGAAUGUACAUUUGUAAUAUUUGUUGCGCGUAACAUCUGUUGUUAAUACAUAAGUAGGUAUAAUUGUAGAUUAACUUCAAUGAAAUAGGUGAAUGCAGAUUGUGUGCCAUUUUUUA